AGCACACCCUUCCUUUUCCAAUAUUUUCUGGUUAAAGGAAGCCACAACAACCCCGUUGACAAAGAGACCAAUGGCUGAGAUCCGCUCAUCAGAUGGUGGCAGCCACGAUCUCAAAACGUCAACUCUCCAUAUCCCCCAUUCAGAAUCUCCCACGUGUUCCUCAACAAAAACAAAUCAACGUCUCUAUAAGAAGGCAUCCCCCUGGUGUGUCCUCUCUCUGUUUCAGCCAGAUUAGAGGAAGAAGACUGAAGAAGGGGAUGGGGAUGGGGUCCAGGCUUAAGAUGUUCUUCUGUCUCCUUUUCACCUUUGCUUUAGUCUCCUCAGCUCGUCUCUCCAUUUCAACCCCGGCAGUCUCAGGAGAGGAGGCGGUGUGGAGUGUGAAAGGAAGGUCUCUGAUGUCGGUGAGGCUUGAUGACUAUGGAGAAGCGUCGGCCAACAAAGGGCAUGAUCCUCCCUCAGCAAGAAAGAAAGGUCAAGGUAAUGGACGCAAAGGCUUAUAAUCAGUAGUGAAGACUAAAAUUGUAAUGCCCGAUCAUAAAUUAUCUUAAUUAUAUGUAUACCAAUAUAUGAAUAAGAUCCAUAUAUAUAUAGUUGAAUUUUCUCUACAAAGUUUAUUAUUAAUUAGGCUACAUAAUUAAUGUGAACAUGCUCUGUUCAUUUUGCCGUGUUUAUAGCUGCAUCAAUGUUAAUUAUAAAUCGUGUAUCAAUUU